AUGGCGUCGAGCAGACUCGUCGUCUCGGUACACAUAACAGCAGUGUUUCUGUGGAGCUCCACCGUGCUCGGUGAAUGGAACACAACGUCUGCCAGUAGCUCUCUACAAACUUCUGUGGACGGACAUCUUCUUCAGACCGACAGCUUCGCCACACUUCUCCCUGGACAUGGCUCUACAUCUUACAGUUAUACAACAGAGACCCCGCCGAAUUCCACGUCGAAACCAAACCGAAAGGAAGUCGGCUGCAAAAUCAGAAUCCCCCGGCCGAGCGAGACAGCCGACCUGCCCUGCCCCAGCCCCAUCACCGUGGACCACGCGGCCAAGAUCACCCACAUCAUCCUCUCUGCAGUCAUCUUCGCGCUCGGCUUGACAGGUAACUCGCUGGUCAUCCGAAUCGUCGCGACCAAGCCGGACAUGAGGAACGCUCCCAACGUCCUGCUAGCGGGGCUGGCGUGCGGAGACCUGCUGUUCAUCCUGCUGUGCGUGCCGCUCACAGCCUACAACCUGUACACGGUCCCCACGGACUGGAUAUUCGGCACCGCGAUGUGUAAACUGCUGCCGUUCCUGCAACAGACGUCUCUGGGUGUGACGGUGCUGUCACUCAUGGCUCUGAGUGCGGACAGGUACACAGCGGUGGUGUCGUCCACGAUGAGCCGGCUGUCUCAGAGCUGGCGGGGGCUGGGCGUGCGGCUGGCGCUGAUCUGGUCCUUGGCGGCCCUGAGCGCCGUGCCGGCCGCCGUCUCUUACACAACCCGCUCGGUCCCCUGGCACGGGGGGAACAUCACCGUCUGUGGGAUGGACCAGGAAAGCCCCUUUGCACGGACGUACAACCGUUGGCGGGUGUGGCUGCGCUUCGCCCUCUACUUCUGCCUCCCCCUGGCGGUCACGGCGGUGCAUUACAGCCUGAUGGCCAAGCACAUGAUGACAGUGGACCGGUUACACAGGAAUACGCGUGGGAUGGACGACCGUAUGACGAAGCGCCGCCGUGCGGCCCGGGUGGUGCUGUGCAUCGUGGCUCUGUUCGCGGUGUGCUGGUUGCCGUUCCACCUGACCAACAUCCUCCGCAUCACCCUGCCCUGCUCGGUCCUGCAGAACAUCUGCACCUUCAGCGCUCUGCAAGGUGAGAUCAUUUCUAGGCCUACGCCACACGUGGCUCUGUUCGCCCUGUGCUGGUUGCCGUUCCACCUGACCAACAUCCUCCGCAUCACCCUGCCCUGCUCCGUCCUGCAGAACAUCUGCACCUUCAGCGCUCUGCAAGGUGCGCAUCACUUCGGGUUAACGCUGGGAAGUUUCAACUCCUGCGUGAACCCCAUCGCCCUCUACAUCCUCAGCCGGAAGUACAAGCUCUACAUGGACUCCCUGCUGUUCUGCUGCUGCUCGCAAGGUGGCGGCGGCGAGAUCCUGGAUCCACGGCGCGGCAGUACCUGGACGUCCCGCCAGAGGCCGUCCUGUGACGUCAGCAGCCUGUCCGUUGCAGCGCGUCUGCUUCGCCGCCAGGAGGCGUUCUCCAACGAGAGUACGCGAUCGUCGGGGUUGGAGAUGGGGAGCCAGGCGGGCGACAGCUCUGAAAGGAACUCUUCCGUUGCCAUGGAGUAA